AUGGGAUUUGAACUUGUAAAUUUUCGUAUUCGUUUACCAUUGCCGAAUCUUCAGUUGCGUAUAAAACAACGUUCUGCUUAUUAUAAUAAGCCGUACAUUCGACAGCGAUACAAUGGAAAUGUAACUUUCCUGGUUAAUCUUUUUACAUUUUAUACCCACCACCAUCAAUUUAUUUCUUCCUCUUUUUUUUUCUUUUCAUUUUACUCUUUUCAAACUUUCCUUCUUUUCUUCUUUGUUUCACCAUUUUCUCUUUUUGUAACGCAAUUUCAUUCCUUUUCAUUUUUCUUCUUUCCAUUCAAUCUGUUUUCUUCUCUCUCAUUCUUUUUCUCUCAAUUACAAAUUUCAUUCUUUCUUUUCUAUCUCUUUUUUUUUUUUCCAUCGUCCCAAUCACUCUUAACUCUUUCCUUGCUUUUUGCGGCAUUUAAUAAAUUACUAAAAAUCGACAGACUUCUUUCUCAAUUUUUCUCUCUUGCUUUCUUUCACUCUCUCUCUCUCUCUUGCUUUCUUUCUCUCUCUCUCUCUCUCUUGCUUUCUUUCACUCUCUCUCUCUCUCUUGCUUUCUUUCUCUCUCUCUCUUGCUUUCUUUCACUCACUCACUCUCUUGCUUUCUUUCUUUCACUCUCUCUCUCUCUUGCUUUCUUUCACUCACUCUCUCUCUGCUUUUUUUUCUUUCUCUCUUUCUCUCUUUUGCCUUUAUUUUCUCUCUUUGUUUUUCUUUUUUCUCUGCUUUUUUUCUCUUUUUCUCUUUUCUUUUUCUUUCUUUUUCUCACCCUUUUUCUCUAUCUUUUCUCUCUUUUUUUUUUCUUUCUUUACUCAUCUUUUUCUCUGUAUAAAUAUUUUCUUCCUUACUCCCUUUCUUUUCUGCUUUCUCUUUCUUCCUUUCUUUCUUUUUCCUUCUUUCUUUCUUUUCUCUCUUUUUUAUUUAUUUCUGUUUUCCUUUUUUCUUUCAUUCGUUUUUCUCUUUCUUUCUUUCGUUUUUCUUUCUUUCUUUCGUUUUUCUCUUUCUUUCUUUCUUUCGUUUCUCUCUUUAUUUAUUUCUUUCGUUUUUCUCUUUCUUUCGUUUUUCUCUUUAUUUCUUUCUUUCUUCUUUCUUUCGUUUUUCUUUCUUUCGUUUCUCUUUCUUUCUUUCUUUCGUUUCUCUUUCUUUCUUUCUUUCGUUUUUCUCUUUCUUUCUUUCGUUUUUCUUUCUUUCUUUCGUCUUUCUUUCUUCCGUUUUUCUUUCUUUCUUUCGCUUUUCUUUCUUUCGCUUUUCUUUCUUUCUUUCUUUCGCUUUUCUUUCUUUCUUUCGCUUUUCUUUCUUUCUUUCUUUUUUUUUUCUUUCUUUCUUUCGUUUUUCUUUCUUUCUUUCGCUUUUCUUUCUUUCUUUCGCUUUUCUUUCUUUCUUUCUUUCGUUUUUCUCUUCGUUUUUCUUUCGUUCGUUUUUCUUUCUUUCUUUCGUUUUUCUUUCUUUCUUUCUUUCGUCUUUCUCUUUCGUUUCUUUCUUUCGUCUUCUCUUUCGUUUCUUUCGUCUUUCUCUUUCCUUUCUUUCUUUCGUUUUUCUUUCCUUUCUUUCUUUCGUCUUUCUCUUUCCUUUCUUUCUUUCGUCUUUCUCUUUCCUUUCUUUCUUUCGUCUUUCUCUUUCCUUUCUUUCUUUCGUCUUUCUCUUUCCUUUGCUUUCAUUUUUCUUUCUUUUUCCUUGCUUUAUCUUUCUUUUCUUCAAUCAAAAAAAAGACAUUUAAUGAUCUAUGUUGUUGA